GUGAAUUCUUCAGAGCUCAGAAUUUUCUUCUCUCUCCCCACUUUAUCAAGACUGUUGAAUUUUGCAAAAGCGAGACUUUCUCAAAGAAAGACAGUGUUCUACGAGCUUGUUGGCUGUCAAUGGAGAGAACGGUUAGCUUUCAAAUAGGGGUAUUGGACAAUGAAAAGCCUCUUCCGCCGAGUAUGAACAAUAAACAGCAAAGCACUAAUGAUGCGAAGAUCAUAAAUAAUUCGGUGAAACGGGGUGACGCGCCACUUCAUUUAGCUGUUAGGAUUGGCAAUUUAGCAGGGGUUAAGGACAUUCUGACAAAUUUCUGGACCAGUGAUUUGAAGGGUUCAGUUUGGAAGAGAAACAGCGAUGGAGAUACUGCACUCUUUAUUGCUGCAGAAAACGGUCAUGUUGAGAUUGUUCAUGAGAUCUUGAAGGCUUCAUGCUCGCAAGUAGCUGCUCCUAGUGUUGACAAUAGCAGCGAUGCAUUUCAUAUUGCUGCUAAGUUGGGACAUGCAGAGGUGUUGAGAGAGUUACUUCAUGCUGUCCCAGAACUGGUUAAGACUACAGACUCAUCAAAUGCUACAGCUCUAUACACAGCAGCUGCUCAGGGCUAUAUAGAUGCUGUUAAACUUCUACUCGACAAAGAUGAGGGUGUUUGUUUAAUCACAAGGAACAACGGUAAAACUCCCCUUCAUAUAGCUGCGAGGAUGGGUCACUUGGAAGUAUUGAGAGAACUUCUUGAAAAAGACCCUUCCCUUAGUCUGAAAACCGAUAAAAAGGGCCAGACUGCACUUCACUUAGCAGUGAAAGGGCAAAACGCAACGGUCGUGAGAGAGUUGUGGAAUAAAGUGCCUUCAGUUGUUCAUGUAGUGGAUAAUAGAGGCAAUACAGCAUUGCAUACGGCAACAAGGAAGGGGCGAAUCCAGAUUGUAAGAACUGUACUAUCCUUCCCCGAGAUUGAUGUCAAAGCCCUGAACAAAACCGGUGAAACUGCCCUAAAUAUUGCUGAAAAAUAUUUCAAUGAAGAAAUUGCCUCUAUUUUGAGAGAAGCCAAUAACAAAAUAACAAAUAACGAAGAAGUAAACGCUAUCCCUCUGAACAGUUCAAACCAUAUUAAAAAAGCUGUAAGCUUCAUCAAACAUGGGGUUCGGUUCCAACUCAAGCGCUCCCAACGUACUCGAACAAAGGUGCAAGAUCUGAAAAAGAAAGUGCAGAAGAUGAAGUUUGAAGGCCUUAACAAUGCUGUUAACUCUGUCAAUGUGGUUGCCACACUUAUUGCCACCGUUGCAUUCGCUGCCAUUUUUCAGAUAAAUUCGUGGUAG